AUGGCGGCAGCGAGAUCAGAGGAGCAGGUCAUUCAUAGUCAUUCCCUGGAUGAUGAAACAGAUGCAGUUAUGGAGCCUCCGCUAGAUGAGUUUGAUAUGUGGGAUCAUUACCAGGCUGCAGCCGUCGGCGACGCAAGGAAGCGAGAGGCCAUCUCGCAGUUGCAGAAGUCCUUCCUGGACCAGCUGCAUUCUGAGAUGGACGUGAAUGCGGCCGCCGCCAAGGCGCUGCUCCACCUGAAGGCCAAGGCCUCCUUAGAAGCCUCCCUGGAAAGCGAGACCUCGCUUGAGGGAGCGGAAGGAUCCCCCACAGCUUCCUGGUGGGAUUCCGAGUCUUCGCCCAUGGAGCAAAAUCGACAACACGUCAAGAUCUGCGAUGACGAAGAGAGGACAAUGGAGCGCGACAUGGACGAGUUCGAUCUGAUGGCACAACGCAGUGCUGCUUUCGAGUCUCUUCCAGAGGACCGGAAGCGAGCAAUCUCCGCGCUGCAAUCCGCGUUCCUGGAUGCCCUGGACACAGAAGAUGUGAAUGGCGCGGCCGCAGCAGCAUUGAAGCGCCUCCUGUCGAACCCAGCCGGCGAGGAUGCAGAUAGGAGUGGUGGCAAGCCUUCGAUUUUCCAAAUGCUCUUCCAAGAGAAGUUGAAUUCAGAAGAGAUGACCGCAGAGACGGUAAGCUUCGACGCAAAGGUGGAGGCGCUGAAGGCCUGGAGCCUUUCCCUGCAAAGGGAGGCCCAGAGCGCCGAGGAUGUGACCGGUGCCGUGGCGGCUGCGUUUGAGCAGAUCCGCCAAAUGAUCCGCGGCCGCCGCGCCGCAGCUCUGAAGGUUGAACAUGGCUUGCGCAAGAUCUCGGUUUCUUUUGUGGGGCCGCGCGCUGCAUGGGCGAAGGGCCUCUGUUGCACUCUGAAGGGCAUUGGGGAGUUGGGCAACGAAAGAGUCGCAAGGUGGCCUCAGGCAGCCAUCGGAAACCCCAGCCUAAUCACCAACGUCACGCGACGACCGAAAGACAAAGAGUGGUGGGGUUGCCGAAGCUGGGUAACUUUGAUCGAUCUCCGGAAGCGGUGUUCCUUCACCAACUUGCAGCUUACGGCUCAUGUCGACUUUCAAACUUUGCCAUCGUUUCUCAGGGUUCUGGAUAGGACUGGAGUGUUGGUCGUCCGCCAAACCAUGGGCUUGUCGAAGUCAGCGGUGCCGUGCUCGGAGGCUUUAGAGCAAUGCAAGGCACGCGGCUGCAUCGAAGGUUUCUCUCGCUGCAAAGGUCGGCGAGGAGCUUGCGCGGUUUUGGCCAGCUCUUUGAGAUGCGUCGGGUCAGCCCUUUGCGACAGCCAGCUCUUCAAGAUAUCUCGCAGGUCUGCGGCCACACCGGAAGACCCUCCCCAUAGAGAUGUCAAGUCUUGUGGGCAGCCUGUGGACGUUGAAGUGGAGGCCGGCAAAGCAGAGGAUGCCUGGGACUGGCGCUCCGACGAUGCGGGCGUCGAGUCGUCCAUCCCAGCAGUCCGCGCGCUGCCCCAGCGACCCAAGUUCGUCGAUUCCAUGAGAACGCGGCAAAUGCUCAUUGAGGAUCGCGGAGUACUUGGGCGCUCGGUGGCCACACCCACCUCCAUCAGUACAGAGGCAUCCAACAUCGUUAAGGCAGAUAUGCAGAGCGAGUCCUGUGAGACCGACCAUGACUGCCUGUGCAUCCCAUCUGAUGCUUCCUUGCUUGAUGGGGUGCGUCUACUUGUCCUGCAUCACCUUGCCAAGGGCGUCGAAGACCCGACGGCCAUGACGCCAGGUCAGAAGCAACUUUUCGAGCGCCAUGUCAGCCAGUUGGCGGGAUAUGCAGAGCAACUAAAGCAGACCUUGCUGAUCUCCCCGCCUUACCUCACUGGUGGAACAGCUCCACAAGAGCCCGGACGAGAUGCCUCCACAUCCUCCUGCCCAAGUGAAGCACCACGGGCACUGAAACUCAGGGACAGCGAGCUUCUGGAAAUUUACCGAGUGGCCCAGCAGGAGGCUGGGAAGGAAGCAGAUUGGCGUGGUCUGCCGGAUCGAGGGCCCUCAGAUGCGUGGCGCUACGAAUGGCUUCGUGAGUUGAGCCUGGCGUCAGAUCGCAGAGGAUUUCACCCAAGCAGAUCGAAGACACCGCGUGCGCCACCCGAGCCCCUGGAAAGUCCCGAGGCAGACUGA